AAAGGGUGUCCAAUGCAAGUAGUGUCGUAUCGAACGUGAAUUUUUACCACCUUCCAAGUAGUGCAUCAACGCUCUGCCGGACGUAGUUGUGUUUUGAUUUGAUUCAGGUUCAAUGGCAGGUUCGAGUGUUUGACAUAAUGAUGACGGUCCAGUUAGUGCUCGUGUACGUUGUUUUAUCGUUGGCGUUAGCCACGCUCCUCUGCCUACGAUGGAAGCGAAGGAAGCUGUACGCAGCGGCAGCCACAAUGGAUGGACCACCGUGUGUGCCGUUCCUCGGGCAUGCUUAUCUUCUUUUUGGCAAGCAAACUGGAGAACACAUUAUUGAAGUAUUCGACAAAUACGCACCGCGGUACAGCUCUCCAAUUGGAAUAUGGAUGGGACCGAAGCUUAUUGUCGCUAUCAAAGACAAUCCCGAAUACUUCCAAAAGGUUAUGAACUCACCCCAUCUGUUGAGCAAAAUGGAUCAGUACAACUUUUUCCGAGCGGAGAACGGUCUCCUUACCGCUCCAGAACAUGUGUGGAAAACCGAACGCAAGUUGCUCAACCGUUCGUUCAGCCCAAUGAUGCUGUCCAGCUUUGUGAAUAUUUUCAACAAGAAGGAUUUGAUAUUGGUGGAAAAUCUUCGGAGAUUUGUUGGAGCUGGUGUUUUUAACUCACAACUAUACAUCUCCAAGUGUACCAUCGAUGCGCUAUUUGAAAACGCAUUUGGCAGAGAUCUUGGCACCCAAGCACACGACGGACACGACGAGUAUCUACAGUGCUUGGACACGUUUCUUUCGCUAGUGUUCAAGCGAGUUCUUCAUGUUGAACGCUAUCUGGAAUGCAUCUAUCGCCUUACGAAGGAUUAUGCAACCGAAUCGAGAUGCGUAAACAUCAUCAGAAACAUGUCGCUCGAUCUGAUGAAAGAUGUGAAAGAAAAUGCACACCAAGCUCAACAGCAACCCGUGGAAGAAACGUACGGAGGCAAGCCGGCUCUGAAUUUUGCUCACAGUCUAUCCAGCUUGGCAAAGCACAAUCCAUCCCUAACGGAGGACCACAUCAAAGAUCAUAUCGAUACGAUGAUCAUAGCUGGUCACGAUACGACUGCAACCACAAUUGCAAACCUGCUGCUAAUGCUGGCAAUGCAUCCCGAGGUGCAGGAAAUGGUGUACCAGGAGGUGAUGAGCGUGUGUCCAGACAAAUCGAAACCUGUGACGAUGGAAGAUGCCAACAAUCUCGCGUACACGGAGAUGGUGUGCAAAGAAACGAUGCGUCUGUUCCCUGUAGCACCAGUCAUUGGAAGAAAGUGCGCUGCGGAUGUUAAGCUGGAUGACAAACACACCAUUCCGGCGGGCUGCUGUGUAGCGCUCGGCAUCUAUCAGAUACAUCGAGACCCGACGAUCUGGGGACCCGAGCCAGGAAAGUUCAAUCCCGAUCACUUCCUACCGGAAAGGGUAGCUGAGCGACAUCCGUACGCGUAUCUGCCGUUUAGUGGAGGACCUCGGAACUGUAUCGGUAUCCGGUAUGCCUGGUUAUCAAUGAAGAUUAUGAUUGCCCAUCUGGUGCGGAACUAUCGCUUCAAGACGCCGCUCGUGAUGGAGGACUUAGUUUUGAAGUUUGCAAUCGUGCUGAGAAUCACGAAUGGGUGCCUCGUAUCGAUUGAAGAUCGCCCCUCUAUUCUUGGCGAGGCGCUAGACAGUGUAGUGCAUGGUGAACGUGUUAGUGCGGAUAGUGCGAACGGAGUGUUUAAAUCGGCCGUGCUCACGAGACUGUGCACCGAACCCCCAAAGGAUAUGGCGCUGCAGUUGGUGCUGCUGUACAUUAGUGCGGCAUUGGCAUUGGCCACCUUGGUUUGCGUGCGAUGGAAACGGCGGAAGCUGUACGCGGCGGCCGCCACGAUGGAUGGACCACCGUGCAUGCCGCUGCUUGGUCAUGUGUAUCUUAUCUUCGGCAAAAGAUGUGGAGAAGAUAUUUUACAGGUAUUGGACCGAUACGCACCGCGAUAUAAAUCCCCCAUCGGAAUAUGGAUGGGACCACAGCUGAUUGUCGGUAUCAAGGACAAUCCUGACUAUUUCCAAACGGUCAUGAACUCACCCCACAUGCUGAACAAAAUGGAUCAGUACAACUUUUUCCGGAUUGUCAAUGGACUUUUCGCUGCGCCAGAUCAUACGUGGAAAAAUGAACGCAAGCUGCUCAAUCGCUCGUUCAGCCCAACGAUGCUGUCCAGCUUUGUGGAUAUUUUCAACGAUAAAGACUUUAUAAUGGUCGAGAAUCUGCGGAAAUUCGUCGGGAAUGGUGAAGUUGAUUUACAUUUGUACAUAGCCAAGUGUACCAUCGAUUCGAUAUUCGGAACGGCCUUUGGCAAGGAUCUCAACACGCAAGGCAACGAUGGCGCUGACGAGUACCUGCAUUGUCUAGACACAUUUUUCUCGCUAGUGUUUAAGCGCAUUCUUCAUCUGGAACGCUAUUCGGAAAGUAUCUAUCGCCUUACAAAGGAUUACGAGCUUGAAACGAACUGUGUAAACAUCAUCAGAAACAUGUCGCUGGACCUCAUGAAAGAGUUGAAAGAAAAUUACAAAAACUCUAAGGCUACAGUGAAAGAAGAUGCGUACGAGCGCAAGCCGGCUCUGAAUUUUGCUGAAAAUUUGUUUGAGUUGGCAGAAAACAAUCCCUCCCUACCAGAAGAUCAUAUCAAAGACCACAUCGAUACGAUGAUCGUAGCUGGUCACGAUACGACUGCCACCACCAUGUCGAACCUGCUGCUAAUGCUGGCAAUGCAUCCCGAGGUGCAGGAAAUGGUGUACCAGGAGGUGAUGAGCGUGUGUCCAGACAAAUCGAAACCUGUGACGAUGGAAGAUGCCAACAAUCUCGCGUACACGGAGAUGGUGUGCAAAGAAACGAUGCGUCUGUUUCCUGUUGGCCCUCUGAUCGGCAGAAAGUGUGUUGCAGAUGUUAAGCUGGAUGAUAAACACACCAUUCCGGCGGGCUGCUGUGUAGCACUCGGCAUCUAUCAGAUACAUCGAGACCCGACGAUCUGGGGACCCGAGCCGGGAAAGUUCAAUCCCGAUCACUUCCUGCCGGAAAGGGUUGCUGAGCGACAUCCGUACGCGUAUCUGCCGUUCAGUGGAGGACCUCGGAACUGUAUCGGUAUCCGGUAUGCUUGGUUGUCGAUGAAAAUUCUCAUCGCACAUCUGGUGCGAAACUAUCGCUUCAAGACGACGCUCAAGAUGGAGGACUUGGAGAUAAAGUUUGCAAUCAUUCUAAGAAUUAUGAACGGGUGCCUCGUAUCGAUUGAAGAUCGUAGCUGUAGUCCUGUUUAGUUAGGGUGGCUAAACCAGCUGUAGCAGCUGGCUCGAUUAAAUUGUGUCCAGGAGCAUAAUGUAAUCUGCCAUACGUACUGGUUACACCUACUAUGUAACUUCCGAACUAGUUGAUCGUUUUGAAUUGAUAUCCUAUAUCGCUGUAACCAGAAACGAACGGCUUGUGAUUGCACAAUGGUGACAAAGCGUUAUGAAAUGGCUGACGAAAGUGUAACUCAAGACUAAAAAAGGCGUUUCUAUUGAAGAGGCACUGCAAACCCAUCCUAAUAAAUUACACCUUGAAAUAAGUACCGAUCAUAAGUUACAUGCAAUAGAUUCUAAAUUCGUUUGUAAUACUUACAAAAAUUCCAAAUGCGCAAUAAAUCAUUCGUAGUAUGGUUUGGAAUUGUAAAUUGUAAUAAUUUCCUGAAUAUCUUUAUAAUAUGCAAAAACCUACUCUAAUAUCCGUGUAUGAAACGAGUAAAUCACUAUUUAAUCUAAUGCAGUCAGUCUUGAUGAUGUCAGUGAUGUUAUGUCAUCGAAGCUCUCGCUUAUAAAAAAUAAAUGUAGUUUUAGACAAAUUUAAACUGUAUGCCACGUACUUGGGAACGAUAUUACUUUAAAUGUAAAGGUACGAUCGGUUUCAUUCAGUACUUCUUUGAAUGCUCGAAAUAUUUUGCUAGCAAUGAGAAUCAGGUUCACAGAUAGGUUAAACAACUAACAAUAGUGCCGAUUAUGUGACUCAACUGCUUGAGAAAAAGUAUCAAAAAUGCUCAUUUUCUAUUAUGAUCCGUGUUAGAGCACUCGAUUAUACUCUGGUUUGAUAUAUCGAACUGAACGAAGGUCAUUUGCAUUACCUGACUCAAACGGAGACCGUUUUUUGUCCAACAGCUUUCCGUUAGGUUGAAGCUACGGAAAGCGUUUUGUUAUACGGUUCAACUACUAAAUUAAUAUAUUUAAACCACACGAAUUGCAUGUAAUUACAUUCAAAAGAGAUUUUUUGUAAUUGUUCACUGAAAAGGGUUGGAAUAACAAAAUACAUAGAAAUUAGAUAUAAUUUCUGUGUAUUUUGUUAGUUUUUAGCAAGCUCUACUUUUCAUGACAUUGCCAAACACAUUUAAAGAACAAUAAUAUGCCACACGUAGAAAAAAAAAUUGAUACGAGACUUCCUGCGUUACGCGUUGCAGUUGUUUUGACAAACAAAUCCAUUUCAGAUCAAUUUGGUAGCAAUGUCUCGAGUCAACGAAAGAAGUCUCUA